GCCGCUCUUCACCGUUGUCGUUUGAAAUUCUGCCCAAAAUGGCGGCGGCGGCCGGGAGCGGGGCUGAGGCGGCGGCGGCCAGGCUGGAGGGGGCGGAGGAAGAGGAGGAGACCGCGGCUGCGGCGGACGAUGAGGAAGACGGCGGCGGGGCGGGCAAGGCGGCGGCGGCCGGCGGCGAGAGCGAGGAGGAGGAGGAAGAGGACGUGUUCGAGGUGGAGAGGAUCCUUGACGUGAAGACUGAGGGGGGUAAAAUUCUUUACAAAGUCCGGUGGAAAGGAUAUACCUCUGAUGAUGAUACCUGGGAGCCAGAGGUUCAUUUAGAGGACUGCAAAGAAGUGCUGCUUGAAUUCAGAAAAAAAGUUGUGGACAAUAAGCCUAAACCUGUUAAGAAAGAAAUACAGAAACUAUCUCUAAAUGAUGAUGUGUUUGAAGCAGAAUCUGACAAUGACUGGCAAAGUGAAACAAAAGAUGAUGUUUCACCAAAGAAGAAAAAGAAGAAAUCAAAAGAUGGAGAGGAUCGAAGUCCGGAUGAUCUGAAGAAGAAAAAGUCAAAGUCUGCAAAACUCAAAGAAAAGCCCAGAACAGAGUGUGAAAAUUCUUCAGAUUCUGUGGUUUCAGAUUCAAAACCAAAAAAAAGGACUUCAGAAACCAAGGAGGAUUCAAAGGACCCAAAGAAGCAAAGGAAAGAUGAUAUUAAAGAAACCAAGAAAAAGAAGGGAGAAGUUAAAGAUACAAAAUCUAAAGAAGAUUCUAAAGAAAACAAAAAGUCGAGGAAGGAGAAGCAAGGAGAUGCUCAGUUUGACUCAGAGUCAGGUAAUCUAUUUGAUGCAUUUUCUCAAGCAAUCGAUAAUGAAAAUGCAGACUUAAAUUGUGAAAAUAAAGAUGAGAAGCAAACAGUAGUAAGUGGAGAAGAGAGACUGGAAGAAGAAAUUGCUGAAAAAGAUUCUAUUGCUGAUCAGCAUCUUGAUGGAUCAGCAAGUAAUGAAGAUGAUAGUAUUGAUGUUAAGGUUAAAAGAAAGAAGAAAAAAAAUCAGAGACCUGAAGAUUAUAAAGAGGAAAGUAGAAAACUGGAAACCCAGGAGAUGUAUUUAGAGAAGAAAAGCAUGCACAAAAAACAAAAGAGUCAAGAAAAAAUAAAAGUGGUACCAGGAGACUUGGAGAAAGUGCCACCUGCUCCUUCACCAGUGCAGAAGAGUUUGAAAUUGAGCGCUGAUGAAAGAGGACGCAAGUCCAUAGACUCAGCUGGGGAGGAGAAAGAAGUAAAGAGACCUGAAACAAAAGAAAAAUCUCAGAAAAAAGAGCUUGAAAAAGAAGAAAAGAUCAAAAAAGAACAAAAGAGCCUUAAAAGCUUUAAGGACCUCAAAAGUGCAUUUGACUUGUUUAAUGUAGCUUCAGAAGAAAAAAGUGAAUAUUCUGAGAAUAACUGCAAAAGAGAAGAAUCUUCACUAGAAUAUAAAUUCAUCGAAGAACUAAAAUCAAAAGACAGCAAGGUGUACAAGGAAAGGAGGAACGUAAGAGAUGAAACAGACACGUGGACUUACAUUGCUGCAGAGGGCGAUCGAGAAGUAGUGGAUGUGUGUCAGAUGGAGAACUCUGAUGGCAAGCAACAAGUCUUGAGUUUGGGCAUGGACAUGCAAUUAGAAUGGCUGACACUAGAAGACUUUCAGAAGCAUCUUGAUGGAGAAGAUGAGAAUCAUGUGUCAACAGAACCAAUAUCCAAUACUCUCCUGAGGGAUGCUGUUAAAAGUGGAGAUUACAUGACAGUAAAGAUGGCACUUUCUUCCAAUGAAGAAUAUAAUCUGGAUCAAGAGGACUCCAAUGGAAUGACCUUGGUCAUGCUGGCUGCUGCUGGGGGGCACGAUGACCUCCUCCGGGUCCUGAUCAGAAAAGGAGCUAAAGUUAAUGGUAGACAAAAGAAUGGAACAACGGCAUUGAUACACGCAGCUGAAAAGAAUUUUCUAACAACAGUAGCUAUUCUUCUGGAAGCUGGGGCGUAUGUGAACAUGCAGCAGAGCAGUGGUGAAACGGCCUUAAUGAAGGCAUGUAAAAGGGGGAACUCUGAUAUAGUGCGGCUUAUGAUUGAGAGUGGAGCAGACUGCAACAUCAUGUCCAAGCAUCAGAACAGUGCCCUGCACUUUGCCAAGCAGUGUAAUAACGUACUGGUGUAUGAGCAGCUCAAGAGUCAUUUGGAAACGCUCUUGAGAGUGGCAGAAGAUACCAUCAGGGACUAUUUUGAAGCUCGCCUUGCCCUGCUGGAGCCAGUGUUCCCCAUCGCCUGUCACCGCCUCUGUGAAGGGCCGGACUUCUCUACAGAUUUCCACUACAAACCCCCGCAGAAUGUGCCAGAAGGAUCUGGAAUUCUUCUCUUUGUUUUCCAUGCCAAUUUCUUUGGUAAGGAUGUGAUUGCUCGGCUCUGUGGACCAUGCAGUGUACAAGCUGUGGUUUUAAAUGACAAGUUCCAGCUCCCUGUAUUUUUGGAUAGUCACUUUAUUUAUUCCUUCAGCCCUACUGCAGGCCUUAACAAGCUUUUUAUACGGUUGGCAGAAGCUCCCACUGCCAAGGUAAAGCUGCUAAUAGGAGCAUACAGAGUGCAGUUGCAGUGACCUCACAGCCUGGAGCCCAUGGAGUGGGCUGAGGCUUUUCUGAAGUACUUCUGAUUCCUCUGUUGAGAGACUGACAAAGCAGUUUGGAACUUUUUGGCACCACACUCUGAAGACUGAAGAUCCCAUUUCGCUGUCAGCUGUUGGCAGCCUUGUGGGAGUGUGUUGGAGAGCAGCUGAAUGUGCUGUGCUAGUGGGACAGGGUUAUCAGCUUUUUUACUUUGUACAGAUGUAGAUGUAAGUAUUUGUGCCAAUACAUAUAACUCUGUUUUUCUUUAACUUGUGGAGUCCAGACUGCAUAUUUCAGCUUUUCCACAAUGUGGAAUGGUGCAUAUAAGAACUAUUUAAGGUAACUACAUGAAACGUCUUUUUUAAUAGAAAGAUCUUUUCCAUUUGUAAACUAAAAUUUUCUACUUACUCUAACAUUUCUAUGUAAAAUGCAGAACUGUCAUAUUCUUGGAGCCAUGGGCAGGAAUUACACUUGGAAGUCACGGCAUUAGGUUUAACUUCGAAUUGCUGAGGGCUAUGUUCUAGUUUCAAACUGUUCCUGCCUCUGUCUCUGAUGAGAAAGCAGUGACGUUCACAGUGAUGCUCAUAGUGAUUCUCUCUGACCACGACGUCUGCAGGUACAAAGACAUCUGAACAGGCUCAGGCUGCAGAGGAUCACAGUCAGAGCCCUGGUUAUGUCACUGUUUGAAAACUACUCUUGUACUAGGGAAGGGACUGAUAGUUGUAGACUCUUAGUCAAACCGGAAAACAAGCACAAGCUGAAAGUAGCCAACCAGAAAACUUGUAACUACCUUAAAUGUGGAGGCACUGCUUUCUAUACACAAGAAGAUACAUCCAGGAUUUCAGAUGUUCUCAGGCUGGCAGAUGAGAACAUGUAUUGUCCUUUAAUUCAGAAAUUCAGUUCCUCGGUGCAAAGAGCUCCUGUCUUUUUGUCAUUAUUAAAUGACCCAUUUUGUCAGA